UGCCCUCUGAUUGGCUCAAAAACCAGAAAUAAUAAAAAAUCAUUCAAGGAGGCGGGAAAACUGUCUGUACGGGUCUACGGGUUGCCCAAAACCUUCUGAGUUGCGAAUUUUAAGACUUGCUCUCGUUUUUGUUAUCAUGUGUGAAAAGAUAAAGCAGGUAAACUGCUGGCUGAGUGCGGUGUUUGGAGAUCGGUCGGUGCCACAGUUUGAAGUCAAUACGAGGACAGUGGAUGUCCUAUACCAACUAGCUCAGUCCAGCGAGGCCCGCUGCAGUGACACAGCUCUCCUCAUAGAGGACUUCAAGCAGAAAGCAUCCGAGUAUCAGGCUGAUGCUUCACAUCUUCAAGAUGUCCUUCACCAAGGAGUCGGCCUGUCCUGUGGAAGUUUGUCAAAACCCGCUGCAGACUAUGUGUCUGCUUUGGUGGACAACGCCAUGGUGCUGGGCGUGCGAGACACGUCACUUUGCAGUUUAAUUCCAGCAGUCAACAAGCUCACCAGUGAACUUCUAGAAGCUGAGAAGUCAAACAGAAGACUUGAGAGAGAACUGAGGGCCUCCAGAAAGAGCCUUGGUGCGAUGCUGAUGCUGCGAGGAAACUUACAGGGAGAUAUCGAGAAAACCGCUAAAUCUCAAGCAGUGGAGGGCGCCAAAGCAGAGGAGAGGCUGCUUUCUUUGGAUUUUGUGACAAUGAAAGCUAGAGAGCUCAGCACGAGGAGAGUGAAAUUAGAGGCUCAGCUUGUGUCCAGAAACAUGGACAAGUCCAUUACCCAUAAGGCCAUAGUUCAGCUCUCUGAGGAAGUUGAUGCUCUGAAAAAAGAAAUAAUUCCCCUGAAGAAGAAACUGGAGCCUUAUAUGGAUCUCAGUGCUAGCCCAUCUCUUGCUCAAGUAAAGAUAGAAGAAGCAAAAAGAGAACUUGCUGCACUUGAUUCCCAACUGGAGAUGAAUUUGGACUUUAAAUGAAGAUGUCGCCAUUUUUUUUUUAGCUUUUUACAGCAUUGUAGAUUUUUUGCUGUGUCAAUAAUUUGUAAUAAUUAAUUGUAUUUUCCUGCAGAAAUUCAAAUAAAUUCACUCACAAA